GACGAGAUAGCCUAAACAUCUCCGUGACGAACCUCUGCAUCAUCGAAAGUUGUUUACCCGUGAUUCUCCGCUAGGUACGGCGCAACGAAAGAGUAGAGAAAAAUAGAAAGAGAGAGGGGGAGAAAACGAGAGAGAGAGAGAGAGAGCCGGUCCGAGGGGCGUGAAGAGGGUGGAGGAAAGGGUGAUCGAGGGCGCGUGCGUGCGUGUGCUAGUUGGUGCGUGUGCCCCGGAAGGUCACGGUGAAUCGGAAGAGACCCCAGGUGUGCAGCCGCAGCAGAAGAAAGAUAGAGAAAGAGAGAGAGAGAGAGAGAGAGAGAGAGAGAGAGAGAGAGAGGAAGAGAUAUAGAGAAAGAGAGAGAGGAAGAGAGAAAGCGACGGGCGCCGAGAGGUAGACGGAGGAAGGGAGUCCGCGCGGAAGCCGGUUCCCCGCUAACUUGUUGAGUCUGUCAGCUCCGAGGGCUGCUCCCAGGGGCACGCGAUGACCGAGAGGCUGCCCGCGCUGAUCCUGCUGGCCCUGCUGGGCUCGGCGAGGGCGAACGUCGCCCAGCAGAGGAACGGGAACGUGCACAACGAUCCGCUGGUGGUGGAGACGACCAGCGGGCUGGUGCGAGGCUUCUCGCGAACGGUGCUGGACAGGGAGGUGCACAUCUUCUACGGGAUCCCGUUCGCCAAGCCUCCCAUAGGGCCGCUCCGGUUCCGGAAGCCUUUGCCGAUCGAGCCGUGGCACGGCGUGCUGAACGCGACGGUGUUGCCGAACAGCUGCAUCCAGGAGAGGUACGAGUACUUCCCCGGGUUCCCCGGCGAGGAGAUGUGGAACCCGAACACCAACAUCUCGGAGGAUUGUCUCUACCUGAACAUCUGGGUGCCGCAGAAGCUGCGGCUGAGGCACAAGGGCUCCGAGCCGCCCAACAACGGCGACAGAAACGGCGUCCCGCUACUGGUGUGGAUCUACGGCGGUGGAUUCAUGACGGGCACCGCGACCCUGGACGUCUACGACGCGGACAUCAUGGCAGCCACCAGCAACGUGAUCAUCGCCUCGAUGCAGUACAGGGUCGGCGCGUUCGGGUUCCUCUAUCUGAACCAGCAUUUCGCCAACAGCGAGGAGGCGCCGGGGAACAUGGGCCUGUGGGACCAGGCACUGGCGCUCAGGUGGCUCAGGGACAACGCCGCGGCGUUCGGCGGCGACCCUGACCUGAUCACCAUCUUCGGCGAGUCCGCCGGCGGCAGCUCCGUCUCCCUUCACCUGAUCUCCCCGGUCACCCGCGGCCUGGUCCGCCGCGGGAUUUUGCAGAGCGGCACCUUGAACGCGCCCUGGAGCUACAUGACCGGCGAGAAGGCGAACGAGGUCGCCAGGGUGCUCGUCGACGAUUGCGGCUGCAACUCCACCAUGCUACAGGAGAAUCCGGCGAGGGUGAUGGCCUGCAUGAGGUCCGCGGACGCCAGGGCCAUCUCUGUACAACAGUGGAACAGCUACUGGGGCAUACUCGGGUUCCCGUCCGCGCCCACCAUCGACGGCAUCUUCCUGCCCAAGGACCCGCUGCAGCUGCUCCAGGAAGCCGACUUCAAGGACACCGAGAUACUCAUCGGGAACAACAAGAACGAGGGGACCUACUUCAUCCUGUACGACUUCAUCGACUUCUUCGAGAAGGACCAGCCGAGCUACCUGGAGCGCGACAAGUUCCUCGGCAUCAUCAACACCAUCUUCAAGAACAUGUCGCAGAUCGAGCGCGACGCGAUCACUUUCCAAUACACGGACUGGGAGCAGGUGAACAACGGCUACAUCUACCAGAAGAUGAUCGCGGACGUGGUCGGCGACUACUUCUUCAUCUGCCCGUCGAUACACUUCGCCCAGCUGUUCGCCGCCCGCGGCAUGAAGGUGUACUACUACUUCUUCACCCAGAGGACGAGCACGAACCUAUGGGGCGAGUGGAUGGGCGUGAUGCACGGGGACGAGGUGGAAUACGUGUUCGGCCAUCCCCUGAACACCUCCUUGACCUACAGCGACAAGGAACGAGAGCUGUCCCUGAGGAUGAUCAUGUCCUUCUCGAAAUUUGCCUACACCGGCAAACCGACGACCGAGGAGUCCGAGUGGCCGCCGUAUUCGAGGGAUCAGCCGCAGUAUUUUAUUUUCGACGCGGAGAAGAACGGGCUGAGCAAAGGACCGCGUACCACGUCCUGCGCGUUCUGGAACGAGUUCCUGCCCAGGCUGAAGGGCGUGCUAGACCCGGCCCCGGAGGCGUGCAACAGCGCGGUGGCGAUAGUAUCGGCCUCGAGGGAACUGCGGAACUCCCUGGUGAUCACGGCCCUGUCGUCGAUCCUGGUUCUCUCCAGAGUGAUCUAAGCCAUCGGAGGGAGACCGGCCCGUAUCGAUCAACCCUUUCUGACAGCCGACAAUCCGUUCGUUCGAACAGCCGCGCACGGGAAUCAGGGGUUCGUUGACGGUCCGAGGUCUGGACAAGCGGUCGCCAGCCGUUCAAUUAUUGCCGAACACCGUCGGAGUGCUUUCGGAGGAAGACGCCCCUACGUUGGACCUCGGCUCUUUCCACACCCGGUCCUCCCGCGCCCUCGCCCCGGCCCCCUGCAAUCGACGCAGCGCCCACGAACGCGCUAUCGCCCGAAAGCGCCGAUCAGCCCUUCCCGCAGCUGCACACCGAAUCCGGAAGAGUCGCCGGCCGGCAAAUAAGAGCGUGUCGUUCCGGGGACAAAUGAAGCGACCGGGAGAGACGGUCUUGUCGGACGGUUGAAAAAUCGCGGGUGUUUCGGGGCCGCGAGCACGGAGCCAAUUAAAUUCUCCUGUGUCUCGGAAGACGGGAGCUCCGGCUCAAUGUCCCGCGGGAUUUCCAUUUCCGGUCCGUGGCGCGAUCGACACGGGGCACGGCGGGACAGGUUAACGAGUUCCUCGAAGAAGUGACACCUCGAUUCCGGAGAGCUAUAUCGACGCGACGGGACGGCCGUGAAGCCUCGAAACUCUCCCCUGUUUACGGAGUCCGGGCAAACACGCCGGCGACGAAGAAGGAGAUCGAUCCGGGCGAUCGCAUGAGAGAUCCGCGCGACGUGACGCGACGGGUCGUGUCGGGGUUACCUGAAGACGAUCGAUGCUCGACGGGAAAAACCGAGCCUAAACGGACGUCCGUCCUCGCGCAAACAACUCGCCGGACGGCUUCUAACCACCUGUUCGCGGAAUCGAUGGCUCGCGACAGAAGAUUCAUUAGCGGAACGCAACAAGUGCGCCGUUCUACAUAAGAACCGGGGGGGUGGGGUCGGCGACGGGGGGUCCAGGAUCGCUUGGAUCGCGUCCAGGAACACCGGCGCCUGAUUUUUCGGCCGAGGUUGCCAAGCAACUCGGCUCCGAGGCCCGUGGAACCGCGCGGACCAGGACGGUUCGAAGGGUCGGGAACGGGACAGCCGGCUCGGGUGCCCCCGGAGAACCCUGGGAGAUCAUCUUCCUCGCUGUCGACAGCUCCGAGAUGCCGGGGCUCCAUUGAAAAUUGAAGACGGCAGCCGUGGGAGCCCUCUGUUUGAUCGCGCCGCCGUGAAAAUGGGUCGGCAGGGCGGGCGGGCCGGGGCGAGGAGCCUCGCGGAGCCGAUUUCCAAGCCGACCAAGAGGAUCUGCGAGUGUUGGAUCGCCGGACAAAGUAUCGGCCGCCUGUUCCUGUGCAAGAUCGACUCGGGAAACGGCGACAGAAACGGUAAAACGGUUCGGGGUCUCGAAAAUUCAACGGGUUAAGUGCAGACCGGUGUCCCGAUGCGUCUCGAGGACAUCCGCGAGCCCGGGACAUCGCCGGUUGCUGCUCGCCCGGAAAGGAGGAAUUGUGGGGGGAGGGAGAGCUCGCACACUGGCGUCGUUUCGACGAACAGCGGCAAAAAGUCCGGACUGAACUCUGCUCGAAGGAGUUCUGUUGCCUUUAGAUUCGGGUUUUACGAGCGGCGCGGACGGUUCGCGAUGAUUGCUGAAAUAAUGAUCGAAUUUGUUUCGGACUGUUUUACGCGUUUACACGUAAGCACGCUUCGUAAUGAUCGGAGAAGUAAAUCGGUUGAAUUCGUUUCGAAUUGAGGAUUGCUUUGCAAUUUGUUCGACUUCGAACGAUGAUGCUGAGUUUAAACGAUUUGUUCAGUGAAAAUCAUCUUUUUUUAAUAUUUAAGAUGUCGUAAAGGAAUCUUGAAAUACUCGUUUUACGUGAUACGGUAAGUUCUCCCUAAUUGAGGGAUUGUAUGAGUGAAUUCUCCCUAAGUGCACGAAAAUGGACAAUUUUUGAAGA